AGCAGCAGCAGACCGCAGCGGAGCGGCAGAGAGAGAUUCAGCAGGGAGGAGACACAGUCACACAAGGAGGAGGAGAUAGCCGGGCAGGACAAACACCACUGACAAUACCGAGCGGCACUCGUCGUGACAGCGUCUGUCAGCAGCGAGGAAUCACCCGUGGGGACACUGUUUUUUCACCUCAUGUAUUUAUAGAAACAGCCCGUCGUCACCAUGACAGCGGAGGAAACCAUAAAUGUGAAGGAGGUGGAGAUCAUCAAGGCGAUCUUGGACUUUCUCAACUCCAGGAAGCUGCACAUCAGCAUGCUGGCCCUGGAGAAGGAGAGUGGCGUCAUCAAUGGGCUCUACUCGGACGACAUGCUCUUCCUCAGGCAACUGGUGCUUGAUGGCCAGUGGGAUGAGGUCCUGCAGUUCAUUCAGCCUUUGGAGUGCAUGGAUAAGUUUGACAGAAAAAGGUUUCGCUACAUCAUCCUCAAGCAGAAGUUUCUGGAGGCUCUGUGUGUGAAUAACGCCAUGUCUGCAGAAGAUGAGCCACAGCAUUUGGAGUUCACCAUGCAGGAAGCAGUCAAGUGUCUCCACGCCCUGGAGGAAUUCUGUCCCUCUAAAGACGACUACAGCAAACUGUGUCUGCUCCUCACGCUGCCUCGCCUCACAAACCAUGCUGAGUUCAAGGAUUGGAACCCGAGCACGGCAAGAGUGCAGUGUUUUGAGGAGGCAUGCACCAUGGUAGCAGAGUUCAUCCCUGCAGACAGGAAACUGAGUGAGGCUGGAUUCAAGGCCAGCAAGGAUCGACUCUUCCAACUGCUCCUUAAAGGAGUCCUCUAUGAGUGCUGUGUGGAGUUCUGCCAGAGCAAGGCGACAGGUGAAGAGAUCACAGAGAGCGAGGUUCUCCUGGGUGUUGACUUGCUCUGUGGUAACGGCUGCGACGACCUGGACCUGUCUCUGCUCUCCUGGAUGCAGAACCUCUCCCACACCGUCUUCUCCUGCGCCUUCGAACAGAAACAACUCAACAUCCACGUCGACCGCUUGGUGAAGCCCGCAAAGACCGGUUAUGCUGACCUUCUCACCCCGCUCAUCAGCAAACUGUCUCCGUACCCCUCUUCCCCACUGCGCCGCCCGCAGUCCGCUGAUACCUACAUGUCGCGCUCCUUGAACCCGGCCUUGGAUGGAUUGUCUUACGGGCUGUCUGGUCAAGAUAAGAGAGCGAGUGGCGGGGAAGUAGCGCCGGGUAAAGGGGUCUCUCCCAUGUCCCACUCGUUUGCCAACUUCCACUACCCCGGAGCUGGAGGGCAGAGCCUGAGCAGGAGUCUCAUGAUGGAGAGCUCCGACUGCCACAGCAUAUUUGAGGAAUCCCCUGAAACGUCGAGGACAGAGACACCUGUGGAUAAGAUGAUGAGUUCAGGUGGCGCUCAGAGCUUGCGUCCUGCGUCAGCUCCAGGCGAGGACGCGCCAUCAGAUGGCUCUGCUGACAGGAACGAGCUUCGCGACUCAACAGAGAAGUAUGAGGAGUACUAUCGGCAGCGUCUUCGUGUGCAGCAGCACCUGGAGCAGAAGCAGCAGCAGAGGCAGAUGUACCAGCAGAUGCUGUUGGAAGGAGGGGUCCAGCAGCAGCCUCCACCCAGCGACAUGCAGCACAGCCUCACAGAGAAGUUCCUCAACAGUUACCUUACAGGCAGUCCCGUUGCAUCUGUGGCUGUUGAUCCCAGUGGCCGUCUCCUAGCAACAGGACAGGAGGACAGCGGAUGCAUGCUGUAUGACAUCAGAGGAGGCCGAAUCGUCCAGGUGUACCGGCCACACACCAGUGAUGUGCGAUCUGUCAGGUUCUCCCCUGGAGCACAUUACCUGCUCACUGGCUCCUAUGACACAAAGGUCAUCGUCACCAACCUCCAAGGUGACCUGACCAAGCAGUUGCCUCAGACCGUGGUGGGAGAGCACGGUGACAAGGUGAUCCAGUGUCGAUGGCACACACAAGACCUGUCCUUCCUCUCGUCCUCUGCUGACCGCACUGUUACUCUCUGGACACACAACCCAUAACACACACACAGACAACCAGACACUAUCUAAGAGCCUGUUCAUACCUGGUGUUGUGUUUCCGUCAUCUGAACUCGGCAGAGACACACCUGUAUCUAUCUUUCACCUCCAUAGGACCACAUGUGUUAGAUGUUGUUGCUGCCUACGCCACUGGAAGGCCAGAGGGCAUAGUGCACAGUUAUUGAGGUCCCACAGUCGCUAGCUAAUGGAAGCAUUGGCAAACUUCUUCAAACUCGACAUAAAAUGGGCAAAUUAUAGAACACUAGCAUGCUCUCACCAAACCACCACGCAUCCUGCAGUAAUGACGUAGUACUUAUAGAGUACACGCAUCACGAUGAACUAGCAUUUACACCACAAAAGAUAUGAGGUCAAAUACAUCCCAGACCACCUCGGCAAGUGGCUCGAGUGAUCGAAUCACAAAACGUCUCAGCGGUUCACACUUGUGUUUAGAGCCGUCUGCUUUGUGAUCAAUGUUGCACAUUAGUACCAGGUAUAAACAGGCUGUUAAAGACACACACCCCCCCCCAAAACAACACUGCUCCUAUCAACAUCGUCACACCCUUUCAACACAGUUAAAAAACACACACAAGUUAACACGCAAACAGGUGAAUGAGCCUUUCACUUUCUGUCUGUCGGAAACCAAAAUGAAUACAAACCUGUGACACACUGAAAGCACACACGCUGCACGUCCUCUCCCCCUUUCUUCACGUCACUCACAUUGCUUUUUUUCACGCUGAUUGUCGUCAUCUUGAGGGGUUAAACAGCAGGAUCAUUCAUUAUUCUCCACAUCACUUUAUCCUACAUCUUACACACGCCACCCAGUUGCUGCAUGUCCUUUUUCCCGGAGGAGUUUUUGAGGUUCGACAGGACAGAGUGCUUUGUUCAUGAUGGUGCCUUCCUUGAGUUCUCAUAGCAAAAAACUUUAAAAGCAAACAAAAAAAAAGGUCAUUUUUCAAGAUCAAAAUUUUGUUACAUCAUCUUGAGAAGCCCUACAUUCCUUCUUUUGCAUAUGAUUUUCUUACAGCUGGUGUUAUGCUGCUAUUAUUUGAGGAAACAGGAGUUAAAAUGGUGUAAAAUGUUUUUUCCAGUGUGUCAGUAGUGAGCUUUUCCCGAUCAGAAGGCUGAAUUUGUGGAGAUCAUACUAUCUGUUGCUUCCCUGUGGGACGUGCCGAUGUCUAAUGUCACUGUGUCCAUCGCAUCGCUACUACUCAAAAUAUGUAAAAAUUAGCUUGUGCAUUUAUUUUAAAUUUGAAAUCA